AUGUCGCGUCUCAUUGACAGACUUCCCCAGCCGGACAAGAUACUAGACAAGAAGCUCAUCGUGUUGAGCAAGAGCCGUACGGGCACUUUCUCCAUGUACCAGUGCUUCCAGAUGCUCGGCUAUAAGCCCUACCACAUGUAUGAAUGCGUCAUGAAUGGAUACACGCACAUGAGCCUCUUAAAUGAAGCUCUGCGCAACAAAUACCUGGGCGAAGGCAAGCCUUACGACAAAGCCGACUUUGACAAGUGGUUGGCCAACUACGAUACUGUUGUAGAGAUUCCUUCUUAUUUUGUGGAGGAGUUUAUCGAAUAUUAUCCCGAUGCAAUGUUCAUCCUCACCGAGCGUGACUUGGGUGCCUGGGACAAGUCCCUAGGUCACCUGGUGACAACUGUCACCAAGGCCUGCCACAGCUUCCCUCUGAACGUGGUCUACAGACUCGACAACCAAAUUGCCAUGUUUACAGACUUGAAUGAAACGUUUUGGCAAGUCAUUUUUCACGGCCGAGGACUCCGUGCUGGUAUGUCUCUAGCGCAGGCUGACUAUGUCAAGGAGCUGCUGGAUGUCAAGCUGGAAGACGGAUUUGGCUGGGAGGAAAUCUGUCCCUUCCUGGGUGUUCCUAUCCCCAAGGAGAGAUACCCCCGUGGCAAUGCUCCAGCUGAAUUUGACAAGUUGCUGGGCGGAUUCAUCGGUGGCCGCCUCGCCGCCACUGCAUAUAAAGUCGUUGGUUCAGUUGUUGUCUCUGCCAUUGCGAUUGGCGCAUGGUACUACACCAAGCAGAGAUAG